AAUGUUAAGCAGCUCGAAAAAAAAAGUCUACCUCCUUACAAUUUGAUUAGCAGUGCAUCUUAUUUCUAUCGCUUAAAUACUGUUCUUUAUGACCUCUUCUGGCAAUACACCGUUGUGCAGUAAUGGCGCUGGCUUCUAUAAUGACUCUUAGGUCUAUGGCAGUCAAUCAAACCCGAAUAGCAGCUCCUGGUCCAAAGCACCUUAACACAGACUUGCAUUCAAGAACGAUUGCAAAUGUAAUUUGAAGCUCUUAAUUAUAUGGAAAGCGCCCUAUAAUGGGGCCUGUCUACGGGUAUCCGGUAUCCGUUACUCUAUCCCGGGAGGCUGAGAACAUGAAGGAGUCUUUAAGGUUGUUAUUCUUUUAAAGAAAGCGCUGCUAUAAUGCCUGCCCCAGACUAACCUCAUGGGCUCCCCGUCCAAUUUUACUUUUUCUUCUUCUGAAUAGAGAAUUAAGUUGCUGCUGCCGAUUCUGUAAACAGGAACCUGGAACGGGCUGUCUGAAGAGACAACUAUUUUUAACCCGCCCGCCGCAGCCGGGAUGAAGAUUAUCAACCUUCACUUCACUUUCACAUCAAUUUAACCCCCAAUCUCUGCUCUGAUCGGCUGAGUCCUCAUGCUACCCCGACCCCAAGAUACAGCACUCGCUCCCCAGCAGCACACCAUGCCCGAGACGGGAGCGGCAGCUGCCCCUGCAGCCGCAGGCAGCAACACUGACGCGACCCGACACAGGCAUCGAUCGCAAGCUGAGGGAGAGAGCGCAGACUCGGCUGCGGGUACCCAGUCAGCCACCGCUGGAGUCCUGGAUAAGCUCUUUGGAAAGAGGUUGCUGCAGGCUGGACGCUACAUGAUGUCCCACAAAUCCUGGAUGAAGACAGUGCCUACGGAGAACUGUGACGUGCUGAUGACAUUUGCAGAAUCCACAGAUGACCACACGUUGCUAUGGUUACUGAACCACAUUCGGCUGGGAAUCCCGGAGCUGAUCAUCCAGAUCCGGCACCACAAACACACCCGAGUCCAUGCCUUCUUCGUCACGGCAACCUACGAGAACCUGCUGCGGGGGGCGGAGGAGGUGGGGCUGUCUAAACCUGUCAAACCCGAGUUCGGGGGCGGGACUCGCAACUUCUCCUGCGAGGAGGACUACAUCUACGAGAACAUCGAGAACGAGAUCUGCUUCUUCAGCUCUCAGGAGAGGCAGAGCAUCAUCCGCUACUGGCUGGAGAACCUGCGGGCGAAACAGGGCGAGUCGCUACACAACAUCCACUUCCUGGAAGGGCAGCCAAUCCUACCGGAGCUGGCCGCUAGGGGCGUCAUCCAGCAGCUCUUCCCGCUCCACGAACAGAGGAUUCUAAGCCAGCUCAUGAAGUCCUGGGUGCAAGCUGUGUGUGAGAAACAGCCACUAGAUGAUAUCUGUGAUUAUUUCGGUGUGAAGAUCGCCAUGUAUUUUGCCUGGCUGGGCUUCUACACCACCUCCAUGCUCUACCCGGCCAUCAUCGGCUUCGUUCUGUGGAUGCUGACCGAGUCUGAUCAGACGAGCAGGGAUAUCUGCUGCGUGGUCUUCGCUCUCUUCAACGUGGUCUGGGCCACUCUCUUCCUGGAGCGAUGGAAGCGCCGGGGGGCGGAGCUUGCCUACAAGUGGGGGACGCUGGACACGCCCGCUGAGAGCCUGGAAGAGCCACGCCCACAGUUCCGGGGAGUGAAACGGCUGAGCCCAAUCACUGGCUGUGAGGAGUUCUACUACCCCCCCUGGAAGAGAAUGCUGUUCCAAUACCUGGUCAGCCUCCCCGUGUGCCUCUUCUGUCUGUGCUUCGUCUUCCUGGCCAUGCUCGUCUGCUUCGAGCUGCAGGAGUUUGUGAUGGGGAUCAAGGAGCUUCCUCGAGUGACCAGGUUCAUCCCCAAAAUCAUGCUGGCCAUCACUGUGACAGCCUGUGACGACGUCUACAGGAAGAUUGCCUGCUGGCUGAAUGACAGGGAAAACUACAGACUCCAGAGUACCUUUGAAAAAAACCUCAUCAUCAAAAUUGUUCUAUUUCAGUUUGUCAAUUCUUAUCUCAGCCUUUUCUACAUUGGGUUCUAUCUCAAAGACAUGGAGCGUCUGAAAGAGCUCCUGCUUGUUUUCUCCCUGUCUUCAAGCCUCUUGAGACAGACCAAAGACGCCCUGCUGCCCUUCCUCUGCCUCAAACUCCAGCUCCUCAUCAUCUUCAUAAAGCGAGGCCUGUGUGCCCGCUCCAGGUCUAAAAUGCUGGCCACCCUGCUGAUAAUCCGCCAGUUCCUGCAGAACAUCAAGGAGGUGCUGCAGCCCUACCUGUAUGAGAGGCACAAGCUGGGGGAGCUGACCCCGAGGGCGCUCUGGGAUCUCCUCCUCUCCUCGGUGCUUAAAUACGGGCGCAUGGCUGCAGGAAAGGCCCAGGCUUCGCCCUCGGAGCAGGCCUCUCCGGACCCAGGGAGCGGGGAGAAGAAGUGUCUGAAUGGGGGGUGCGGGGUCCCCGACGAGGAGGAGGAGGAGGGGGAGCAGGAGAGGCAGAGCGAAGAUGAGAACGAGGUGGAGAGCCUCAUGGACUGCGGCCUCAAGCUGAGGAAGGUGAGUUUCAUCGAGAAGGCGGAGCGGAAGGGGGUCGCCAUGGCGAUGCAGCUGGAGGACAGCUUCCUGGAGGAGGGCAGCCCCACCAUGGUGGAGAAGGGCAUGGACCCAGACUCGGUAUUCGAGCUCUGCGAUGACAUCGACAACGGCUACCUCGAAACCAAGGAGGCCCCCGGAGAGGUGCUUGCGGCCCAGCUGGCUCCUGGAGGGGAGGCUUCCGUCUCGCUGCGGCAAAGGAAGAGGGGCCACUCUGCAGAGAGGGAGAGGGAGAGGGAGAGGGAGAGGGAGGAGUCCAAAACCAAGAGACAGUCCUGGAUCGACCCCCCCGAAGAUACCUUCUCCUCCCAGCUCACACAGGCGGAGGUUGAGAGCUGUAUGAAGAAAUACGAGGACACCUUCCAGGAUUACCAGGAGAUGUUCAUCCAGUUUGGAUACGUGGUGCUCUUCUCGUCGGCGUUCCCGCUGGCCGCCAUGUGCGCACUCAUCAACAACAUCAUUGAGAUCCGCAGUGACGCCUUCAAGUUGUGCACCGGGCUGCAGAGGCCCUUCGGCCAGCGAGUCGAGAGCAUCGGCCAGUGGCAGAGCGUGAUGGAGGCCAUGGGCUUUGUUGCCAUUAUUGUAAACUGCUACCUGAUUAGUCAGUGUGGGCAGCUGCAGCGCCUGUUCCCCUGGCUCAGCCCGGAGAUGGCCAUCAUUUCCAUUGUCAUCCUGGAGCACUUUGCUGUCCUGCUGAAGUACAUCAUUCACGUUGCAAUCCCAGACAUCCCUUCCUGGGUGGCUGAUGAAAUGGCGAAGCUGGAGUAUCAACGCAGGGAAGCCUUCAAGAAGCACGAGCGGCAGGCUCAGCAGCACUUCCAGCAGCAGCAGCGCAGGAAGAGGGAGGAGGAGGAGAGGCAGAGGCAGGCGGAGCACCACGCCAGGCGGGAGAGGGACAAGGACGAGGGCCGGGGGACGGACCCCUCGGCGGGGGAGCACCAUCACGACAAGGGCCACAAGCCCCGCUCCGGAGGGGGCUCCGACAAGCCCAAGAGGCCCAGCUCCUUGCUGGCCACCAACAACGUGAUGAAGCUGAAGCAGAUCAUCCCCCUGCAGAGCAAGUUCAACUCGGGCACGGCCCGAUCGCCACAGUCCCCCACGGGCAGCAGCGAGCCCAAACUCCCCGGUUUCCUCAGCUUCAAGUUCUUGAAGUCUCCUGAGAACAAGAAGGAGGCAGCAGCAACAGCAGCAGCAGCAGCAGCCACUAGCAACGAGAGAAGCCAUUCCCCGACCAAGUCCUUCAAUCCGGGGAAACUCUUCAACUUCGGGAAAUCUGAAGGGGGCCCCUGUGCCAACGGGGCCCAGGCCAGACCUGGGGGGGACGGCCCGCCGGAAAAACUGCCCACCAAAUCGGACCUGAACGGGGCGCCGGAGGAAAUGCCCUCCGCGGAGUCCGAACCCCCCCACGCUGUUGAGCCAGAGCCUCCGAGCUCCAAAAACUAAAUGCAAAAAGAACGGCGUUCUAACUUUUUAAAAGAAAAUCUAAAGGGAAAGAAAGAAACGGAAGAGGAAUCCUAGUUGAUCACGCUGCUGCCGAGCCUCCUUUUCUGUUCCAGUUCUGUUCGGGAGAGUCGAUUGGGGUCGUUGGGGGGUCAGUCUGGGUUGAGGCUAGAGGAGGAGAGCUGUGUGUCCGGCCGUUCUGCAUGGACACAGAUGGACGUGAGGAAACGGAGAGAUGAUGAAUCCCACCUCCUCUCCCCCCCCUUCCCCCCUUCUUAUUGCAAUACUCGUGGGAAUGCGGAAGCUGUGAUUCUCAGAUGGUUUCCAAGCCUUUUUAAAAGAAAAGAGAAGUGUGUUGUUUUUUUAUUUAAUUAUUAUUAUUCCAUAGUGCCGCAAAGGUGCUACAGAUCAGGUUUGAAAGCGUUGACGUCAAACCAAAGACUGUCUCCAAUAGGUCAUUUGUUACUAGAAAAUGAUGCAUUUUAUAAAAAUACGUUCCCAUUUCUGAUUUUAUUAACCACUUUUACAGGUGUUAAAACUAAAGGUAGCAGUUUUUUUUUUAAAUCCAAUUUCAAAUUGCUGUUCAAAUCUCCAAAGAUGGUCUGCUCAAUGUGUCUGAAAGGUGCUUGAGAAAAAAAACAUUGUUUCGAAAAGGCAAGUGCCUGAACAAAUAACAAGCCACUGCCAGCACAGUGCUAGUCCGAGAAGUGCUGAUAAAGACACCUGUGCAUCUAAGCAUCUUUAAAUACAACAUUAUAUCAAAUGAGAUCAUGUACUAUACAGAAGAAUAAAGGGAAAUGCAUGCAGUAGGAUAGACUCAAUACCAGGAUGCCUCAAGGGUUCAAUGGAAAGGAAGAGUAGCUCCCGUUUGUUUUCAAACACACUUUCCCGUGACAAAAGUUGACGCUUUUGAGCAAAGACUGUAAUAUAAAUACAUAUGUAUAUAUUGCUACAAUGGCCCUUCCAGCAGUUUGACUGUGUAUAUUUAUAACAUUUCCGAAUCAGAACACAAGAUGGCAGCGUUUUCAAUGGAAUUGACGGGUUUGUAAUGACGGGGUCUGGAAUCGGGCAGAGCAUGUUGGGAGCAGUCCCGGUUUACACUGGCUCUGUCGCAGACAGUCCUGUGGCUUUGUGCGUCUUGUUUUUCAUUCAGGCUGCUUUUACUUGGCGUCACCCGAGUUCUGUUAAUACAUGUAGGUAAACUGGGCUUACUGGCCAUUCCAGUGUGAAUCAGUACCAGUUACCGAGCACCCUGUCAAACCUGUAACCUGUGUGAGGAAGGAGGUGGUGUGAUUUUUUUAUUUGGUGUGCAAAGGCUAGGGUUGCAUUACCAUGCAUGGCUCGAAACGUCUGCACCUCCCUGUUCCUUGCUGGGUGAGAGGAUCCCGAGGCAGAGACUGUGCAGGCAAAGGGAAGGGAGACGCCAGCCCGCCUCGUACCCACACAACAGCAGGAUUGCAUUAAUUACUGUAUGGGAUUUUAGAAAUGACUGUCGUUAGAGUCUCUCUGUUUGUACAUCUUGGUGCUGGUCUUAUUGAUUGAUUGAUUGACUGAUUGAUUGAUAGAUAUGCACAUUUGAUUUUUUUAUUAUGUUACUUUUCUUUCUGUUGUUAUUGUGUGCAUGUUCUUUAGAUAAAUGAUUUGCCAAAGCAACACUGACACCUGGAAUCUGGUAGGGUUCAGACUACACAGAGCCAUGUCUGUAAAACAGAUAGGGAACCGGUAUCUAGAGCAGUUCCACUUUUGGGCAGCAGGUGGUGCCCUUACCCAACUUAGAAAAGUUACAAAAUGAUUCAGAUAGGAGAUGCUCGCCAUGGUACCAGUCGGGUUUUUUUUCCCCCACAUCCCUUAGGAGAGAAAAUUGUGCACAUAAUCUGUGGAAUUUGGGUCUAAAACUGUUGAGGCUUAUGGUAUUAAAAACAUCAUGAUGUAUGCUAUUUUUAAAUUUUUUUUUAUGAAAACAAUACUAAAUGCGUGGCAGAAAAAAAAUAUAUAGAUACAAGAAAUCAACUAAAUUAAAAAUCCUCACAUAUAACCAACCCAUCAUCUUAUCAGUCUGACAUUAAUGCAGACUCACUUCUUGUCAGUUUGAACACACUCAUGCAACACAGACGGUUCAACCACGGACCACAGCAACAACAACAAAAACAUGGCUGCAAAUGUCAAGCGAAUGGAAUUCUGGGAAAGGAAUUCCGUGAAUUGGAUUCUACCUCCCAAGCAAUAUUCCUGUAUAAAAUCCUCCAUUCACAAAAGCUGAGGACUGCACAUAUUUCCUCAUGCCUGGUUAGGAGAAAAAUCUAUAGUUACAAUGUGAUGAUUUUAAUUUUUUCUGCGGGACUGUACGUUUCUCUGGGUUGUACUGGCAAGUUUACAUAUCUCGAUAAUCCAAAGAGAAGGUUCUGCUGUUACUGGAGAAACACCCCGAGUGUCUGUUUCACAUCGAGCAACUGAGACUGAAGCACUCCCAGUUCAGUAAUAAUAAAGGCGCAGCGAGUAAGCGUUAAAACCAAGAAAGGGUUCUUUAACCGUUAUAUUGACUCCCUUGUCGUUGCUAUUGCAAACGCCCGAACUUUAUUUGAUGAUAAAAAAAAAAGCAUAGAUCAGCCCUCACCUCCAUGUUGGUCCGCAGGUAUAAGUGCGGCAGUGGAAUGGUACAGAAGCUGAUAUAAGUUAAAGUAAAUGGAUUUUAAUCAGUUAUGGAACCCCUAGACUUUUUUUGUGCUUUGAAGGCUUAAGAAAACAGUACAGAUGGAAUUAGCCAUCAGGGGGUGAAUUUGUAUCUUAAGCAGCAGUAUUGUAAUCUGGCAGCAUCACUGCACUGCCCAAAUGGAGCGGAAUCAGGGAAAGACUUUGAAUUUGUAGGCUGGCAAAGUAUGUUUGAUGACUGCUGGUGGAAUGAGUCUGAUAGAGGGAAUCAGUACUGGGGGUUGAGAUAAAGGGUAACACUUUUAACUGAUGGGUUAUUGAAAGUCUGUUUUUCUGAAUGAGAAAUCCAGUGCCGCAUUUGUGAAAUUGUUCCAGAACACCCUUGGAUUCUUUGACAGUAGUCAAGGUGACUGAUUGGUUGGUUUAUUUGUGAAUCACAUGCCUUUUUUUAAACAUUAAAAGGCUGCGAGAUCGCAGGCAUGUGGAUUGAAGGGCAUGUGCUGUCUGUAAUGAAAGAGGGAUGGGGAGGUGUAGGGGUGGUCACAGGUGAAAGACUAGUGCCUGCACACUGGGAGAUUUACCUUUCUGUUUGAGGUCUUCAUGAAAUACGUUGUGUGCUCUUCCAAGUAACUAAUGUACAAAGACAAUUUUACGGGGCUCUUUUAAGGGGGAUAAAAAAAAGGAUUAUUUAUUUCUUUUAAUUUAUUUUGUCAUAUUUUUGUAAGAUCUGCAAACAAAAA